AUGGAAACUGUAUGCCAUGUACCAUAAAUUGUAAAAAGUGUAAUUAAGCUAGGUGUUUAGAGUGUUUUCCUAAUUUCUUCCUUUAUCAAAAUGGAUAAUGUGGGUUAUGUACAGAAAAUGGAGUAUACUAUGAUACAAAUUAAAAUGCUUGCUUAUAAUGUGACUAAAGUUGCACAACUUGUAAUGGUAAUUUACCUAAUAACUGUUUGUCUUGUUACCCCAACUUUAACCUUUAAAACAACAAUACUUGUAAAUGUGAUGAAAGUAAUGGAUAUUUUAUUCAAGGUGUCGAUUGUUUAAAAUGCGAUUAAAGUUGCAAGACUUGUAGUGGUAGUUUACCUAAUAACUGUUUGUCUUGUUACCCCAACUUUGAUCUUUAACAUGAUGGAACUUGCCUUAGCUGUGAUAUAAACAAUGGAUAUUUUAUUCUGGGCUCCAAAUGUUUAAAAUGUGAUUAAAGUUGCAAGACUUGUAAUGGUAAUUUACCUAAUAACUGUUUGUCUUGUUACCCCAACUUUAGUCAUUAAUAGGAUGGAACUUGUUACUGUGAUAUAAGCAAAGGAUAUUUUAUUUAAGAUAUCUAUUGUUUAAAAUGUGAUUAAAGUUGCUAGACUUGUAAUGGAAGUACUAGCACAAGCUGCAUAACUUGCAAUCCUGGUUUGUAUCUAUAUGAAAAUAAUUCAUGUCAAUCUUGCAAUAAACAAAUGGGGUAUUACAUUUAAGGAUAAAGUUGUAUAAAAUGUGAUUAAAAUUGCUUAACUUGCGAUGAAAACCCUAAAAAAUGUUUAAGUUGUCCUCUUAAUUAAUACCUGCAAAAAGAUAAUUCAUGCCAAUCUUGCAAUAAACAAAUGGGGUAUUACAUUUAAGGAUAAAGUUGUAUAAAAUGUGAUUAAAAUUGCUUAACUUGCGAUGAAAACCCUAAAAAAUGUUUAAGUUGUCCUCUUAAUUAAUACCUGCAAAAAGAUAAUACUUGUACAGCUACUUGUGAUACAAGCAAAGGGUUUUUUAUUUAAGAUAAUAAAUGUUUAACGUGUGAUGCAAGUUGUUUAACAUGUUCUGGUAGUUCAAUUUAAGAAUGCCUAACUUGUGGUCCAAACUAAUUUCUUUAAAUUUAAUUAAUUAAAUUAUUUUCUUAAAAGAAAUUAGAUAAGUACAGGUGGUUCUUGUUAACCUUGUGAUAAAUCAUGUGCUAAAUGCAAAGGUCCCUCAAAUAAAGACUGUUUAGCUUGCUCAAAAAACUAUAUUUUAUUACCUAGUAUUGGUAAAUGUGCUCUAUGUGAAGAGGGUUAUUUUUUCAAUUAAAAUAACUGUGAAUAAUGUAAUGAAAUGUGUACCACUUGCUUUGGUAAAAAUUAAAAUGAAUGCAUAGAUUGCAGAGGAGGUUUGACCCUAAGCAGCAUCACAAAGACUUGUUAAUCAAGUUCUUAAAUUGAAAAUGAAAAUAAUUUAUUAGAAUAUAGUAAAAUAGUUGGUUGCUACAAUUAAACAGAUCAAUAAGUAGUCAGUUCUUGCUUAGAUUAAAUUGAAAGAAGUAAAUCCUCAACUUAGAAUCUGGAUACUUUGGCUGUCAUUAAUUUAUCUCUUAUUGUGGCUUCCUCUGUUUUCACUCCAAUAGGUUCAAGCUUAGCUUGGAACAUUAUGGAUGAAUUAACUCGAAAUGAAAAUGAGUUACGCUCAUCAUCUAUUUACCUUUAUUCCAAAUAUCUUUACUCUACAAGCUAAAAAAGAAGAAAAACUCUUUUAGUUUAAUCAAUUUAGCACUCUAUUCUCUAUUAAUGA